AUGAGAGCUCUCCAUGUUUCCACCUCUUACAGCCUCGCCUUCGGCGUUUCAUACGGCGCUCGGCCACCGUCGCCUUGGCGCCGCCGCCGGCACCUCAUUUCCGCCAAAGCUGAACCUACUGAGAAAUCGGUGGAGAUAAUGAGGAAAUUCUCGGAGCAGUAUGCACGCAAGUCCGACACGUAUUUCUGUGUCGAUAAAAGUGUCACCUCUGUUGUUAUCAAGGGAUUAGCAGAACACAAGGAUUCAUUAGGUGCACCACUCUGCCCUUGUAGGCACUAUGAUGAUAAAGCUGCUGAGGCACAACAGGGAUUUUGGAACUGUCCCUGUGUUCCUAUGAGAGAAAGAAAGGAGUGUCACUGCAUGCUUUUCCUUACUCCUGAGAAUGAUUUUGCUGGCCAGGAUCAGACCAUUUCGUUGGAAGAGAUAAGAGAAACAACAGCAAACAUGUGA